UUUAAUCAGUAACUUUAGACUAUUUCAUCCUAUUAUCAGCUCUAAUGUUUAUCAUAUUGUACUUUGUCACGUUUCACGGUCAUUAAUUCUUCUUCUGAGUUAAAGAGAGGGUGAUGCUGAUAAACAGUGGCAGUAGAUGAGCGGCCCCUGAAGAGCACAUUCACAUUUCACCUGCAUGUUACACAAGGAGAUUCAGAAUCAUGAAGACUCUACUAUUGGCUGGGUUCACACUUGCUGUCCUGUGCUGUGUAAAAGGAAACUACUGGAAGGAAUAUGAAGAAGCUAUAAAACACUAUAGUGAGGAAGAGCUAAAUCAGGAGCACCCCGGGAAAAUUAGGCCCGAGGGCUACAAGCACCCUACGUUUAAGUGUCCAGACAUGAGCCCCUCUCCCAGCAUACCCACUUCAGUUGAACGAGUCAAAGCAGCGGACAUUAAGGUCAUUGCAGCUUUAGGGGACUCUCUAACUACUGCAAUCGCUGCUAAUGCUUCCACUUUUCUGGGAGUGCCAAUCGAGUAUCGCCACGUAUCUUUUAGUAUUGGGGGUCAUGGAUCAUACGAGGAUGUUAUCACUCUCGCAAACAUCGUGAAGCUUUUUAACCCGGACGUUCUGGGUCCGGCCCCUGUGUGGACUUUACAUAAUUACCCGAUAACGGUCAACGACACUGGCUUCAAUUUAGCCGUCACCGGACACAACACAGUAAAUUUCUCUAUACAGGCCAGAGACAUGAUCAACACCUUUAAAACCUACCCGGGCUUAAAUUUCAAAGAGGACUGGAAGUUGGUGACUAUCUUAAUUGGAAUGAAUGAUAUCUGUGACUACUGUAAGGAUAGAAAAUUGUUUACAGCUGACAACUUCAUCCACUACCUCACCCAGUCUCUAGACAUGAUGAUGAAUGAGGUUCCUCGACUGAUUGUGAACGUGGUGCAGAUUUUUACCAUGAAGCCUCUGAGAGAAGUAUCAAAACCAACCUUGGGCUGCUUACUUCAAAAGAGUUUCUGCUCCUGUUUGGUCUUGCCUGAUGAGAACUCUACAGAGCUGGCCGAGCUGGUAGAGCUCAACCUGGUAUUUCAGAGAAAGCUGGAGGAGCUCUUGAACAGUGAGCGCUUCUUUAAGGAGGAUUUUGCUGUGGUUCUUCAGCCAUUCGUCACCCAUGCCCAGCCACCAAGACUUCCGAAUGGCAAAAUUGACCUGAGCUUCUUCACUCCAGACUGCUUUCACUUCACCAUCAAGGGUCAUGAGGAGCUGGCCAAGGGCCUCUGGAACAACAUGUUUCAGCCUCCUGAUGCGAAGGAGAUGAUUGACACUUUCUCAGAACCAGUAACACUCAUCUGUCCGUCAGAGAAGCAUCCUUACAUCUACACCAGGCCCAAUGCUCUAUCCUCUGCAAGCUCUCUGCACAUUAUCUGGAGUCUGAUGACCCUCACAAUCCUCCUGACCAUAUGGAGCAACCUACACUAGACACCUUUGCUUUAAUACUGAUUUUAAAUACACAAAAAGUAAAGAAACUGUAUCAUAUAAUCACUAUUAUUUUCAAGCUAUAAUAUUACAUCGUGUUUAUUUACUUUUGACAGUACUUAUGAAGAUUAAACUAUAUUGUACUUAUAGUAUGUUGUAUACAGCUCUGGAAAAUAAGAGACCACUUCAUUUUCUGAAUCACCUUCUCUGAUUUUGUUAUUUAAAGGUUUAUGUUUGAGUAAAAUUAAUGUUGUUGAUUUAUUCUAUUAUUCUGUUAUUCUACUGACAACAUUUCACCCAAAUUCAAAUGUAAUUAUUGUCAUUUAGAGCAUUUAUUUGCAGAAAAUGAGAAACAGCUGAAUUAACAAAAAAGAUACAGAGCUUCUUCAAAUAAUGCAAAGAAAACAAAUUCAUAUUCAAAUUCAUAAAGUUUUAAGAGUUCAGGAAUCACUAUUAGGUGGAAUAACCCUGGUUUUUAAUCACAGUUUUUUUUCAUGCAUCUUGGCCUGUUCUCCUCCACCAGUCUUACACAUUGCUUUUGGGAAACUUUAUGCCACUCCUGGUACAAAAAUUCAAGCAGUUCAGCUCGGUUUGAUGGCUUGUGAUCAUCCAUCUUCCUCUUGAUUACAUUCCAGAGGUUUUCAAUUUGGUCAAAUCAAAGAAAAAACAUCAAGAGGUCUCUUGUUUUUUCCAGAGCUGUACAGAUGAUAUGUGCAUGUUUGUGUGUGUGUGUGUGUGUGUGUGGAAAUAAUGCACAUAGUUGUGUUAUUAUUAGUAAUGUAUUAAUGUGACUGCAAAACUCUUGUGGUAAAAACAGUGUCAGACAAAAGCAAUACAAUUUGUCUGUAAACAACUAGAUUUGGAACAAUUAAAAAAUAUAUAGAGUAUUUCAUGAUUUAUGCUUGUAAAUUAAUCCACACACGCCAUUUUUUUCUCAUUUGUUCUAAAUACUGUGUGUGGAGGAGCUUUUGGAUGUUAAGUAGCUUAUUUCUUUAUUGUAAUGAUGCUUCUUGGCAAUAAAUUGUAUACUAUUAGAAAGUCUGUUCAUUUCUCUUUUAAAUGUCUCCACAUUUGUAACAACAUGAAUGAGUACGUGGAUGCACCCAUGAAAUUUUCUCUGCCAAUGACUCAUUUGGUGUUUGAGGUUCUUCUUGGGACUUCCACUUUACAGCCUGUCUCUGAAAUUCCCUGUUAUAUGGAACUUGGUCUUUGUUUUAUAGAAGGUACCAGAGCUCACUCCGUAUAAAGCCUCUACUUUUGAUUUUGCAGAACAUCAGCUUAAAAUCUCACCGGCUCUAUCCAGAUCAGUAAAACAGGGAAUGCCCAUUUUUAGAGCAGACACCAUCUGACCACUGCAGCAGGGCCCAUGCUUACAGGUGCUGCCAAUCAGGUGCCAAUUAGGCAGGAAGCACAUGGGGUACUAGAAGCUCAAAACACGUGUCAUUAAUAACAGUAGAGUAAGCUGUCUGACAAGAGCAGAGAAGAUUUGGCAAAUGUUUAAUACUCAGCUCUACUGCUCAUCAAUCAAAAGCAUGUUCCUUACAAAUUUGAAACAUUUAAAAGGGAAAUUAUCAGGCUUUUCAACAGUAUAAGAUUUGUUGCCAAUAAUCAUUGUAUUUAUUAUAGCAUUAUAACUAUGUAUAGCAUGAUAGCACAACAUAGUAACACUAUAGCAAACACCUCAGCAAAAACUAAGCAACACCAACAGAUUCUGCAGGAACUGCGCUCUUAACUAGUCUAUAAAUCACCCCUUUAUUACUUUUUCACCCGUGUGGGUUGUAGUUGUGAUGGGAAGCAGAUGAGUGCAGGUGCUGAAACACGAAGCCUGACGCUGUACUUUGGUUCCAGUGGUCUUAUCACUCUCAGCUCCUGUCUUAUCAUCUCUGACUUUAAUUUCAGAAGAACACAAUCAGUAACUUCCCUUUAGUUCUUAGUGCUGGAGUAAAAUACAGACUUUCAGUGCUUAUCAGUACAACACACGUGUAAGGGUGCAGACUGUGGCUGGGCAACCUGC